AUGCCUCAAUAUGCUUGGGCCAGCAUUGCUACUGUUCGUGAACUCGAGCAGAGAAUCGCUACCUUCAUCCCGGUCCGCCUAACCUCAGAACUGGACAGCCUCAUGUUGGUCGCACAGCUCUUAAGAAGAUAUUGCCAGAGCUUCGCUUGCUUAUCUGGUACCAAAAGACAACAGGUUCCUUGUUCCGGCUUUACAGUAACCAAUGCAUCGGGAUUCUCGUCACCCAGAAGCAAAGUUGGCCAUUUUCGGUUGAACAACUUGCCAGGAAAGUAUGACGAAAGUCGGAAAGAAAUUCUAAAUGAAAUAAAGUCUCAGCAUGCAGAAAUUCGAUUAAGAUAUCAUGAAUUUCAAAGGGUUGGUAUUCAGCUGUCCACCUUCACAAAUACAACCCAGAAUCUGGUGAAACAAGCGCAUUGUCAAGUAAGUUACACGAUGCCGAUACUUUUGCAUAUUUUCUUCAGGUAA